AUGGACCCAGCAUCAGAACCAAUCGAGCACCAGGAAGAGGAGCGUGCAGGUCCCGUAACCAUCCAGUCGCUGAGACCCAACAUCCUCCGAUACAUCUUCUCCUUCCUUUCCGUCCAACACUACGACUACCUCAACCACCGCAUCCGGACCAUCCACAACCACCUCGGCCCCGUCUCGCUCGUCUGCAAGUCAUGGAACGCCAUUGCCUCCCCACUCCUCUGGCAGGAACGGAACUUCCACGGCUGGAACGCAGGCGAACUACUCGAGACAUUCAUCCAACAGACUGAGAAUGCCGACUUUUCAUCGACUCACGAGUAUGGCGACUUUGUCAAGAGGAUCGAGAUCAUUGACUCACAUGACGUGGUCGAUAAGCAGAACGGUCAGUUCGUCAUCAAUUGGAUCACCCCCGAUGUCGUCCUCGCGCUGUCAGAACACUGUAGUAGACGACUCCGGGAUUUAACACUCGUCUUUGCGACAGGGCCUCAACUUUCAAACGAGGUCGAGGAGGGACUCAUCCCCUGGAAUGCCCUCGCCGAGGCCUGUCGUCGCCUGUCGAUGCUGACCCUGACCAAUUAUAUCUGCCCCGUCCUACCUGUCGGGAAUGGGCAUCCAUUCCACGUCUUUGCGACCCAUACCAACCCCCUGACUGAACUGGUCCUCAAGCGCUGCAAGAGCAUUCCUUCGGAAACUUUCCAACAACUGGCCCGGACCUGUGGGAAGGCACUGACAAAACUUGUUUUGCUCGAUUCGGACGACAAUCUGGGCGCGACCGAGAUGAUCGAGUUUGCAAAGCAUUGCCCUAACCUCCGCCACCUCAACGUCUCGUGGUUCGAAUCCUUUGAAGCCAAAUUCAACGAUGAAGCCUUGAUCGAACUGACGACGAAUUGUUUGCGACUAGAGUAUAUAUCGCUGCUGGACGCCAACCAGAUCUCGGACCUUUCAUUCCAGACCCUGGCCAAGCUCCGGUACCUCCGCAACCUUAUCCUCCCACGCGCAGGGACCACCGAGACCGGGAUGGCGUUCAGUCAAGAGUCUUUGAUUGCUGUCGCCAAAUCCUGCAGGCGAUUGGAGCAGUUGCAUUUGGUAGCCCCCGGAGCGACGUCGAGCAAGUUCUUUGAGGCGUUGUUGUUCUGCCCAAACUUGCAGGUGUUGGUGAUUGUCGAGUUGGCCCAGAGUCUGUUGAUGGACCAGCGGUUCAAGUCCUUGGGCCUUGCCAAGUACGUUGACCCCGAGACCACCGAGGGAUACAAGCUCGUCUGGCACAAGAAGACCUAG